GACAAGAUAACGUAUGCUGUACUCGGUUUGUGCGUUUGGCUUCGAGGUGAGGCACCAGCAAAUCUCCUGGAUCCCUAAUCAUUGAGUUAAUACGUCACGCGUCAGAGCUGUGAACACGUGGUACCUGUCAGUGUCAGCCCGAUGAAGCGUGGGGCAGCACCUACCCGACAGAAUGCAUGCACUGGGCAAAGUCCAGGGCUGAGGUCCCGGCUCCGUUCAGGAAACAAGUCUUCAAAGUGAGGGCGAACCACCGGCCUCAGCUGCCCUCACAUUCCUCUACACAAACAGAUGUACAAAAAGUUAGACGAGGAGGAGAGACUGAAAGGUUUAACGGAAUCCUUUUCCAGAACAGCAGCGAGUUUUGAAUAAUGACUGAAACAACAUUUAAGCAACACCUGGAGGCCAUCAGCGUUCUUCAGUGGGUGUUAACAUUUCUGAUAAUGGGGUUUUCCUUUGCACUGCUGUUCAUCUACUUGAUGUUUACGUCUCUAUGGAUAAUACCUGUUGUGUACGGCACUUGGUUAUUCUUUGACUGGAACACACCGGAACAAGGAGGUCGGAGAUUUGACUGGGUCAGAAGAUGGGCAGUAUGGAAGCACCAUCGGGAUUAUUUCCCAAUUAAGAUGGUGAAAACAGUAGAUCUGAGUCCUGAGAGAAACUAUGUUUUUGGUUAUCAUCCACAUGGGAUAAUUUGUGCUGGUGCUUUCUCCUGUUUUAGUACUGAAGCAACUGAUUUCACCACCUAUUUUCCAGGAAUUCGACCAUGCUUGGCUACGUUAGCAGGACUUUUCCGGCUGCCAGUAUAUCGAGAUUACAUAAUGAGUGCAGGUAUGUGUCCUGUAAGCAAACCUAGUCUACAGUACCUGCUUUCCCGAAAUGGAACAGGAAAUGCAGUAGUGAUUGUUGUUGGCGGAGCAGCUGAGUCUCUGAACUGCAGUCCAGGGCAGCACCAGGUGACUCUGAAGAACAGGAAAGGUUUUGUGAGAUUGGCACUGGAGAAUGGUGCUGAUUUGGUGCCAGUUUACGCCUUUGGAGAAAAUGAGAUUUUUCAGCAGGUGAUUUUUGAAGAGGGAACGUGGAAGCGGUCCUUGCAACUAAAGUUUCAGAAGUAUAUUGGCUUUGCUCCCUGCUUGUUCAAAGGUGAAGGACUACUGUCAAACAAAAUAUGGGGAUUGCUGCCUUAUCGUAAAUCCAUCACAACAGUCGUGGGCAGGCCUGUAUCAGUGACCCGGAUUACCAAGCCAUCUGAAGAAGAGGUUAACAAGUAUCAUAUACUAUAUAUGGAAGCCCUCAAAAAACUCUUCAAUGAGCACAAAGUGAGCUGUGGACUGCCUGAAAGUCAUGAGCUGACCAUUGUUUAAAGACACCAUACAUGUCACUGUGUGACUGUUUUUUCACCCUCAUUAGUAUUUCCAUAAUCAGAUGGAAUUGCUGUACAUGCUGUAUAGUUAUAUAUCUCUAUAUAAAUAUAUACAAUUUCUAUAGAACUGUCUUUUUAUUUGUAAAAAAUGCUGAUUGUUGUCUUGCCAGCACAUUAUCAAAAGCAAUAAAACUGUAAAGCGCUGAACUCUGUAAAUGGCUCAAGCAGAGAUCCAUGCUAGACAUAUGCAAGAGUUGUUUGUCAUUUUUACAAGCAUAUCAAAUAAAAAUGAAGGUUUCCAAGUGCCCUA